AUGUCAGAUGCCCCGGUUCUGAUCGUCGGCGCUGGGAUCAGUGGCUUGGUCCUGGCCCAGUACCUUCAGAGUCAAGGCAUCAGAUUUGAGAUCUUCGAUCGCGACUCCGCCAUCGAUGCACGCACGGGCGGAUGGGGUCUCACACUGCACUGGUCGCUGCCUGCCCUGCGCGCCCUGCUUCCACCACACCUGGUUGAGCGUUUUCCUGAGACCUUUGUCAACAAAGAAGCAUCCCUACGAGGGGAUGUCGGGAGCUUCCAGUUCUUUGAUCUCCAAAGUGGAGAGGCGCUGUUCAGCAUCCCUGCCGAAGAGCGAAUUCGUGUGAAUCGUGGCCGGUUGCGCGAGCUGUUGACUUCGGGCAUCGAAGUUCACUGGAGCAAGACCUUGAAGGGUAUAGAAUCAUCAUCAGACUCCAUCACUGCUCAAUUUGAAGAUGGCUCAAGCUACAAUGGAUGUCUCUUGAUCGCUGCCGACGGGGCGCGAUCUCGUGCGCGCCAGAUAAUGUAUCCAGAGCACUCCCAGAUGAAUCCACUACCCGUCCAGCUACUCGGAGCAUCUACCUUCUAUACUGCCGAGGAGUUGCAUGGAGUUCACCUGAUCGAUCCUUACAUCUUCCAGGGGUCGCAUCCGGAUUCGAACAUCUUCUUCUUCUUCAGUUUCCUCGACACACCCAACAACUUCGACGAGAGUAGCAAGGACCGCUAUCACGUGCAGCUUAUCGUAUCAUGGGCCGACGAGAAGGGGAUCACGGUGCCCGUGCAAAACGCAGAUCGAAUUGCCUUGAUGAAGGAACUGACCAACAACUGGGCAGAGCCAUUCCGCUCGCUGAUUCAACACCUUCCAAGUGAUGCUGAAGCUCGCUCCCUUCGUCUUGACGAUUGGCUUUUCGAUCCACGAAUUUCUCCGGCACAUCCUCGCGCGGUACUGAUGGGUGAUUCAGCCCAUACGAUGACAAUGUUCAGGGGUGAGGGUGCCAAUAAUGCCAUUGUCGACGUCCAAGAUCUCGUCAAGAGUGUGGAUUUAAAGAAGGCUUGCACUUCCGACGCCGAGACCCUGUCAAAGUCACUCGAUGCUUUCAACAAGCACGUCUUUGCGCGCGUAGAAGCAAGCGUGCUGAAUUCACGUCGUGCUUGCUUGGAUGCUCAUGACUUUACCAAAAUCGUUGCUGGAAGCCCCCUUGUCGCUGCACGGGAGCUCAAUGUGCCGACCAUG